CUCUCUCUCUUUCUCUCGCUCGCGCUCGCGAAAUACACGAUUUCUCUCGAAGCAAGAUCGCAAGGGUACAUGCAUGGAUUGUUGGAUCUAGGAGAAGUGAGAAGUUCUCUUUUUGGGCAUAUAUCUUGGACAUUGAAUGAUGGCUUCGCUUCGAUGAAGUUUUUGAGCAACAUGGAUGCCAACAGAGGUCAAGGAGGUAUUCAGCUCUUGCUUGCUGCAGAGCAAGAGGCUCAGCACAUUGUUAAUGCUGCUAGGACCGCUAAAAUGACCAGAUUGAAACAAGCAAAAGAAGAAGCUGAUAGGGAAAUUGCUCAAUACCGUGCUCACAUGGACGCUGAAUUCCAAAAGAAAAUUGCAGAGAGUACUGGUGACUCUGGAGCUAAUGUCAAGCGCCUUGAACAAGAAACUGAAUGCAAGAUUCAGUACCUGAAAGAGGAGGCCUCAAAGAUCUCACUUGAUGUGGUUGACAUGCUUCUGAGGUAUGUCACAACUGUGAAGAACUAAGUCUCACCAGAAAUCAGUUAUCAUCUGCGAAAUCUUUCUUUCAUUGGAGUGCUACAAAUUCCACUAUAGCAGUCUUUUCUUUCCAAUUUAUCCAUCUCUGGAGUAGCUGUCUAGUUUGCUGUAAUUUUUAUUGCUUAAAUGAUCUAGUGAGUUUAUCAGAAAAAUAAUGGUUCAGACUCUCUAUAUCUGUAGAAUUUACGGUCAACAUUUUCUCUCUGUGGUGAAUAAAAAAAAGCAGAGAAGUUCCUUUA